AGGAGAAGUCAAUGACCAUAUAGUCUUCGUCUUCUUCUUAUUCAUAUUUCAUAGUGGUGAGCUACACGACGUCUGUCUAGCGUUCGUAAUUUUUCUAAUCUCUCUGACCUCUGCUACUGUGUAUCCGUUCGUGUUGCUUUGAUCUCUCUGAUCAGACAUGAAGAGAGGCAGCUUGAGUCUUAAUCCCAUCUCUCUCCCUCCUCCUGAGCAAUCCAUCUCCAAAUUCUUAACACAGAGCGGAACGUUCAAGGAUGGAGACCUUCAAGUGAACAAAGAUGGAAUCCAGACAGUAUCUCAUUCUGAGCCUGGAGCUCCACCACCUAUUGAUCCAUUGGACAACCAGUUGAGUUUGGCUGAUCUUGAAGUGAUCAAAGUCAUUGGCAAAGGAAGCAGUGGUAGUGUUCAGCUGGUUAAACACAAACUAACUCAACAGUUUUUCGCUACUAAGGUUAUUCAGUUAAACACAGAAGAGUCCACAUGUCGAGCCAUUUCUCAGGAGCUGAGGAUAAACUUGGCCUCUCAAUGUCCAUAUCUCGUCUCAUGUUAUCAGUCUUUCUACCAUAACGGUCUCGUUUCAAUCGUAAUGGAGUUCAUGGACGGUGGAUCUCUUUUGGAUUUGUUGAAGAAAGUCCAGAGAGUUCCUGAAAACAUGCUUGCUGCCAUCUCCAAGCGAGUGCUCCGAGGCUUGUGCUAUAUUCACGAUGAGAGGCGAAUCAUUCAUAGGGACUUGAAGCCUUCCAACUUGCUAAUCAAUCACAGAGGUGAAGUCAAGAUCGCCGACUUUGGUGUCAGCAAGAUAUUGUCUAGCACAAGCAGUCUAGCUAAUACCUUCGUGGGCACUGACUUCUAUAUGUCGCCAGAGAGAAUCAGUGGAAAAGCGUAUGGGAACAAGUGUGAUAUUUGGAGUCUCGGAGUGGUUCUGCUCGAAUGUGCAACGGGUAAGUUUCCGUAUACUCCUCCUGAAAACAUGAAGGGAUGGACUAGCAUGUAUGAGCUAGUUGACGCCAUUGUUGAAAACCCGCCUCCUCGUGCACCUUCCCAUCUGUUUUCUCCAGAGUUUUGCUCCUUCAUCUCGCAAUGUAUACAAAAAGAUCCAAGGGAUAGGAAAUCAGCAAAGGAGCUUCUGGAACAUAGGUUCGUGAACAUGUUUGAAGAUGUGGAUCUCUCGUCUUACUUCACCGCCGCAGGAUCUUUGAUUCCCCCACUAGCUAACAGCUAGAACCGAGUUUGAACAAUCCUUUUAACACCAAGCUAUAUAUAUAUUUUAUAUCCACUGGAAGAGACGAUAUUUACAUGAUGUUGCGACUUAUGACAGAAUUAUUUUGAUAAACAUUAAAAUAAAUUUAUAUUUUCAAAGUA